UGUUUUGCUUUUGGCAGCAGUGUGUCUACAUUGCAUUUUGUGAUUUAUUUUUUGCUGAAAAUAAAAUUUCAAUUUUCGAUUAAAAUGAAAAAAUUACCAACUGAUACUUACGUGGAUAUAAAAUUAUUUCAAGAUGAUUUAAAAGAUAUUGAUCAAGAAUUUAUUAGAAGCAUCGAAGCAAUUUAUAAAAUAUCCGAAUCCAGUUAUCUAUUUAUGACCAAAGAUGCUAACUAUGUUUACGGUAAGGAAAUAUGCAAAUGGCUAUCGUUACAACAUGAUCCCAAACGACCACAACAGAUUCACAUUUCGAAUGAUAAGAAAAUUAUUCAAGUCGAUUCGGGAAAAGAUUUUAUUGUAGUUCUAACUGAUGAUGGACUAGUCUAUCUAGCCAGUGGUGAUUCAAAUUGGCAAACGAACAAUACUUUGCAAUUGAUCUCCACCGGUAAUGAUCGUUUUGAAAUGAUAGCAUGUGGAAUGUAUCAUUUGUUGUUGUUACGACAAGAUGGCAAUGUUUUCGCUUUGGGAAAUAAUCAAUAUGGUCAAUUGGGUAAUGGUAAUUUAAAGCCAUCGUAUGAUACUCUCGAGGAUAUUGAUUUGAAAAAUGUCAAAAUAAUAGCGUGUGGAGAGGGCCAUAGUCUUGCUCUCACCAAUAAUAAUCAAAUUCAUUCCUGGGGCAAGAAUCGUUAUGGACAGUUAGGUCUAGGUCAUGAGAAAGAUCAAGGAACACCUUCACUGGUUUCAUUUCCUGAUGGUUCGAUUGAAAGUCCAAUCAAAAAUAUUGUGGCCGGCCACCAGCAUUCAUUAUAUUUAUUGGAGGAUGGUCAGAUUUUCAGAUGUGGUCAGCAUAUUCUCCUAAGCAAUGAUAACAAGCAAAAUGCAAAAGUAAAAAUAGCGAUUGAAAAGGUGCCGAUAAAAGUAGCAAUUGAAAAGGUGCAAAGUGUGGCUUGUAAGAAUAAUUUCCCUUUUUCAUUGGCUUUGUCGGAUCGUUCGGAUUAUUAUAUAUCGGGUUGGCUGAAUAAAAGAUACUGGUUAGAACCCAAAAAAUUGGAUGGUCAACCGAAAUCAUUUGCCGAAGCAUCAGCAUUAAUAAACAAAUCACCAAUCACUUUUGGCCUAACGUCAACUAUCAAUGUGUCGCAAUCAAAUAAUCCGGAUAAAAAGCUGUCGCAAAAAAGA